CGAGUUUGUUUUCGGAUCCGGAAGGAUCUCCACCGGUCAUGGAUUACUCUACGGCUACGACGACGGCGGGGAACGGUUACAGUUCGCCGCGUGACUCUUCAUUCCCUUCGAGUUUCACUAAGUUCAACUCCGCUUUAACGGCGGGUCUUUUAAACCCGAUGUCUCCUCCGCCGCCUCCGGCGAUGCUCGACAAGACACGAUCAAGUCCGACGCUGUUCGAAAUGAUGGCUAGUGAAGCUGAUACCAUUGGGAAAGUUCCGGUUCAGAUCCAUAACGGCGUGCUUCCAUCUCCGUCGUCGUCUUCAUCGUCUUCCUCGGCGGCGGCUACGGCUGCGAGAACGACGAAUGUGACUCAUCUCGUCAUUUCAGCUCAGGAUAAGCAAGCGCUUGCGAUGCAACGGAUUUCGGAUCUUCUAGUGAUUCGGAGCCCCGGGAAUCAGUUCAACGAUCCGAAUUCGAGUGAUGUGAAGUUGACUCUGAGCUCUAAGGAUGGGAUUAGUAUCACUAUGUGUGUGCAUAGGCAGAUUCUUGUAGCUCACAGUAGGUUUUUCGCUAUGAAAUUAUCGGAUCGGUGGUCUAAGCAGCAGUUGCCGCCGUCAUCUUCUCCAUACAUUGUUGAGAUCUCAGAUUGUGAUGACGUUGAGGUGUAUAUUGAGACGUUGAUGCUGAUGUAUUGUAGAGAUCUAAGGAAGAAGAUGAUGAGACAAGAUGUUUCUAGGGUUCUUGGUAUUUUGAAGGUUUCAGCAGCAAUUGGGUUUGAUGCUGGAGUACUUUCAUGUCUGGAGUACUUGGAAGCAGCACCAUGGUCAGAAGAUGAAGAAUACAGGAUUGCUUCUUUGUUGUCUGAGCUACACCUUGAAAACGUUGGGGCGACGGAGGUUUUGAGAAGGGUUUCUGUGGAAGCUAGUAAUGGGAGUAACGGUGGGAGCAACGAUGAGGUGCUUUUGAAUCUUUUGCAUAUUGUUCUUGAGGGAAAAGAUGAGAAAGCGAGGCGUGACAUGAAAACCCUUGUUUCCAAAAUGCUUAGAGAGAACUCGUCUGGAAAUGAUCUUAGGAAAGAGUCGUUGUACUUGGCUUGUGAUGGGUGUUUGCAUAAGCUUAAGCGGCAUUUUCUGCAAGCAGCAGAGUCGGAUUUGGAGAAUGUAGAUCAGAUAGCAAGACAAGCAGAUAAUCUGCAUUGGAUUUUGGAUAUUUUGAUAGAUAGACAAAUCGCAGAGGAUUUUAUUGUGAUGUGGGCUUCUCUCUCUGAGCUAUCCGAGGUGCAUUCUAAGGUCCCUGUUGUUCACAGGUUUGAAAUUAGUAGAGUAACAGCAAGAAUCUUUGUUGGAAUUGGAAAGGGACAAAUUCUCACACCGAAAGAAGUGAGGUGUUUGCUACUGAGGAAUUGGUUGACACCUUUCUAUGAUGAUUUUGGGUGGAUGAGGAGAGCUUCAAAAGGGCUUGAUCGGUAUUUAAUCGAGGACGGUUUAAGCAAUACCAUUCUGACUCUUCCUCUUGCUUGGCAACAAGAGUUUUUCCUAGCUUGGUUUGAUCGGUUCUUGAACUCUAAUGAAGACUGUCCUAAUAUCCAGAGAGGGUUCGAAGUUUGGUGGAGACGGGCGUUUUGGAGACGGAAAGAACAGAGUCAAGAGCCUGCUCGGCUAAGAGUCACAGCUUCAGCCACUGAUAACUCCUAAGAGAUCUCUCAGGUCUGUUUAACCUUGUGUUUAUUCCCCAGCCACCUUUGCGCUGUUUCUUGAGGAUCACACAAUGAGAAGAAUAUGAAUCUUAAUCCAAAAGAGAAGGCAAUGAUGAAUGGAGGUGUGUAAGAUUUAUCGGAUUUUAAUACCUCGACCGCUGUUAGAAUUAGUUUGAUACAAGUUUUGCAUGAACUUGAUCGUUUGGAAGUAGUUUUCAUUUUGAUGAGUCGGAGCUCGUUUUUGUACAUCUGUCUUAAUUUUACUGAAUCUCCAAUGUGUCUGAGAAGAAGGAACUUUCUAGUUAAACACGUCUCUAUGCUCUCUACUUGUGGUACGGUUUUGAUUCUGAUUCUAAUCUUGGUCAGUUUAGCACACAAUAUAUUAGGGAAGGCUUAAACGUAGCAUACAUCAUCGGAGAUGAAGGUUGUUUGAGAACAUUGGAUUUUGGGGAAUCUCUACACUCACGAUGUAAAAUUGUGUGUUCUAGUCUUCGGUUCUAUGCAAAUCGUCGUGCAAACCAGAUUAUGAAUAAUAAAGAAAAAGAUUCUAA